AUGUGCUGCUCCCCUUGCUGCCAGCCCACCUGCUGUGGGUCCAGCUGUUGUGGGUCAGGCUGCUGCCAGCCCUGCUGCCGCCCAAUCUGCUGCCAGACCACCUGCUGUAGGACCACCUGCUGCCGUCCCUGCUGCCGUCCCUGCUGUGUGAGCAGCUGCUGUCAGCCCAGCUGCUGUGGCUCCAGCUGCUGCCAGCCCUGCUGCCGCCCUACCUGCUGCCAGACCACCUGCUGUAGGACCACCUGCUGCCGUCCCUGCUGUGUGAGCAGCUGCUGCCAGCCCAGCUGCUGUGGGUCCAGCUGCUGCCAGCCCUGCUGCCGCCCUACCUGCUGCCAGACCACCUGUUGUAGGACAACCUGCUGCCGUCCCUGCUGCUGCUGCCAGCCCUGCUGCCGCCCCACCUGCUGCCAGACCACCUGCUGUAGGACCACCUGCUGCCGUCCCUGCUGCCGUCCCUGCUGUGUGAGCAGCUGCUGCCAGCCCAGCUGCUGUGGAUCCAGCUGCUGCCAGCCCUGCUGCCGCCCCAGUUGCUGCUGCCAGCCCUGCUGCCAGCCAGUUUGCAGUUGUCCCGUGUACGUCCAGAGAACCUGCUACCACCCCACGUGCUGCUGCGUGCCUGGGUGCAUUCGCUAUUGCGGGUCCAGCUGCUGCCAGCCUUGCUGCUGUAACACCAUGUGCUGCUCCCCUUGCUGCCAGCCCACCUGCUGUGGGUCCAGCUGCUGCCAGCCCUGCUGCCGACCUACCUGCUGUCAGACCACCUGCUGUAAGACCACCUGCUGCCGUCCCUGCUGUGUGAGCAGCUGCUGUCAGCCCUGCUGCUGUGGGUCCAGCUGCUGCCAGCCCUGCUGCCGCCCUACCUGCUGUCAGACCACCUGCUGUAAGACCACCUGCUGCCGCCCUUGCUGUGUGAGCAGCUGCUGCCAGCCCUGCUGCCGCCCUUGUUGUGUGAGCAGUUGCUGUCAGCCCAGCUGCUGUGUGUCCAUCUGUUGCCAGCCCUGCUGCCGCCCUUGCUGUGUGAGCAGCUGCUGCCAGCCCUGCUGCUGUGGGUCCAGAUGCUGCCAGACCUGCUGCCGCCCUACCUGCUGCCAGACCACUUGCUGUAGGACCACCUGCUGCCGUCCCUGCUGUGUGAGCAGCUGCUGCCAGCCCUGCUACCGCCCUUGCUGUGUGAGCAGCUGCUGCCAGCCCUGCUGCCGUCCCUGCUGUGUGAGCAGCUGCUGCCAGCCCUGCUGCCGUCCCUGCUGUGUGAGCAGCUGCUGCCAGCCCUGCUGCUGUGGGUCCAGCUGCUGCCAGCCCUGCUGCCGUCCCUGCUGUGUGAGCAGCUGCUGCCAGCCCUGCUGCCGUCCCUGCUGUGUGAGCAGCUGCUGCCAGCCCUGCUGCUGUGGGUCCAGCUGCUGCCAGCCCUGCUGCCGCCCCACCUGCUGUCAGACCACCUGCUGCCGUCCCUGCUGUGUGAGCAGCUGCUGCCAGCCCUGCUGCCGUCCCUGCUGUGUGAGCAGCUGCUGCCAGCCCUGCUGCCGCCCUUGCUGUGUGAGCAGCUGCUGCCAGCCCAGCUGCUGUGGGUCCAGCUGCUGCCAGCCCUGCUGCCGCCCUACCUGCUGCCAGACCACCUGCUGUAGGACCACCUGCUGCCGUCCCUGCUGUGUGAGCAGCUGCUGUCAGCCUUCCUGCUGA